AUGAGUCAACUCGGCGAUUUGCUCAGAGAAUCGGCGGACGAAACCGGAAGUGGGAGGACGAUGAUGAUGAGUUUGCUCGAGGAACAAGAACAAACCGACGGUGGAGAUAGAGCGAUGAGUAAAUGGAGAACGUUGAAGCAACGGCUGAGAUUUGAUUGGGUCAGCUGUUGCGGUGUGCCCACGUUGCGUCUCAGAGAAUCGGAAACGCCUAUCGUCGCCGAUGAAGAAAAUGACGACGACGACGAAAACUCAGGUCAAAACCGGGUCGUUGACUUGUCAGAUUCGGAUCCGGGUCCGGGUUUGGUUGCGGAGCUGGAUUGUUUGACACGUGGCACGAGGAACCUCGCGGAGGCUCUAGCGGAGGAGAGACUAGCGCGUGCUGAGCACGUGACGGAGGCUAAAGUUGCUAUACCGUUGAUGAGGUUGCUGGCGGAAACGGACGGUUGCGAUACGACCACGUGGAUGGGUAGCGAUCAAGUGUGUUGCGUGUGUAUGGGAAGAGAGAAAGGUGCGGCUUUUAUUCCCUGUGGACAUACGUAUUGUAGAGUGUGUUCAAGAGAGAUCUGGACGAGCCGUGGGAAGUGUCCUCUUUGUAACCGUUUGAUCUAUAACGUUCUUGAUCUUUACUGA